UAAAAUUAAGCCUGAAAGUGACUCAUACGGGCCCGACCUGAUAAAAACAAACCUGGAAAAAUGCCUUGACCGUCAGCCAGAAUCGAAAACGACACCCCUAGUUAUUUACAAAAAAAAUUUUUUUGGGGAAGAGGGUAGGGGGUGGUGUGGGAUAUAAUGUCUCCUUCCUUCCAUUUAUUUUUAAAAUUUUAUUUAAAAAAUAUAUUUCUUUUUCAGAUUCAUUUUGUAUUUAUAUCCAAAGCUUUAACCAAAUAUUGGAUUUUUCUGGUUGUAAUUUGUCUUUUAUUCAACACUCCUUUAGCUUCCAGCAACAAUUUAUUUUCUAUUGGAUUUUUUAUUUUCUUUGUUUUUCUUUUGCUUAUAUUUCAGAUAUCUUUUCGCUUCUUCCGCAACACAAUAUUUGCUUUUUUAACAUUAUUAAUUAUUUAUUCUUCCCUUGUGCUCAUUUCAAUUUAUUGUUAUCAAUUUCCAAGUGUUCCUGAAUUUUUGAAUAAAUUAACUGGAUUAAAUUUAAAAUUGGCUGAAGAAAUUGGGUUACAAAAAUAUGAGGGAGAAGAUUUUGGGUAA